AUGCUUCAUCAUCAACAAGACCAGCAUGCCGCCGUGCCCUCGCGACCGCCAGAGUCCCAAACCUUCGUCCUCGGCAGCUGCAGCCGCGUAGCAUCAGUCAUUCCCGGCCAGCCAGCUCCAUUUGCUUCCCGUCCUCAAGACGUCAUCCCAGGGCAAUACCAUGCAAUGAAACACAAGCGAAAUAUUUCGCGUAGCGGUAGAGAUAGCGUCGAGAUCCCUGGCAGCUUCGGCCCUUCGUUUUCACGGGAUGCUGUAGUCGCCUACAACGGCGAAACAUGGAGGAAACGAAAAACCCCAGUAGUAAAGCCAACAAACAGUGCACAAUCCAGCGAUGCAGUGUUACAACAUGUGUCUCUAGACUCUAGUGCUUUCCUUGGCUUCUCCCCUGCUUAUGAAAACAAAACCUCAAACAUGGGGUCUGCGUCUAUUGCGAACCAUGCCUUGGCCCAGUGA